AUGACCGACCCCGUCCUCAACGACAUCUCCCACAGGCGCUUCAACCUGCUGCGAGGAAGCUGGAUCUUGGUCUCGCCGCACCGCACAAAGCGACCAUGGCAAGGUGCGCAAGAGGAGCCGUCCAAGAUCACGCUUCCAGAGUAUGACCCAAAGUGCUAUCUGUGUCCUAGCAACACACGAGCAAACGGAGAGAAUAACCCCAAGUUUGAAAACACGUAUGUGUUUGUGAAUGACUUUAGCGCGGUCAAGGAAGAGCAGGAAGACUACCAUCCCAACUCCAACGGCAAAUCAUUAGCAUCGCGACUACUUCGUGCCGAGGCUGUCACUGGAAAAUGCUAUGUCAUCUGCUUCUCGCCAAACCACAACCUCACCCUCGCAGAUAUGACCCCUGCGCAGAUUGUCCCCAUCAUUGAGACCUGGACCAACAUUUACACAUUACACCUGGAUUCAAAGUCACCUCUGGCCAAGCUUGCCGCUACAGGAUCCAUGCCGGAAUUAGCCCAAGGACAACUGGAAAGACCAAAUGCACAGUACCGCUACAUGCAGAUCUUCGAGAACAAGGGUGCAGCGAUGGGUUGCUCAAAUCCUCAUCCUCACGGCCAAGUCUGGACUACAACAUCGCUGCCUGAAGAGCCUGCACUAGAACUGCAGCAGAUGAUCAAAUACCGCCAGGAGCAGAACGGAUCUCAUAUGCUUGCAGAUUACGCUGCGUUGGAAUCAGAACAAAGAGUCCGCACGGUGUUUGAGAACGAGGGUUUCUGGGCUGGUGUGCCGUACUGGGGUGUAUGGCCAUUUGAGAUUCUGCUUACGAGCAAGCAACACAAGCGGUCGCUAGUCGACUUCAACAAAGAGGAGCGUGCGCAGCUUGCAGAAGCCAUUGCGGAAAUCACUCGCAGAUAUGACAACCUGUUCGAGACACAGUUCCCUUACAGCAUGGGCAUUCACCAAGCGCCCCUGCAAGGCACAAACGAUGAGAUUGAGUGCAGUCACUUCCAUAUCCACUUUUACCCACCUCUCCUCCGCAGUGCAACUGUCCGCAAGUUCCAGGUCGGCUAUGAGAUGAUGGCCGAGCCUCAGCGCGAUAUUACACCUGAGCAAGCUGCAGACCGCUUGAGAGGCUGUGGCGGUAAGCUGUACCGCAAGGGCUCUGAAGAGAAGCCUUUUACCAAUGGUAUCAACGGUAUCAAUGGAACGAACGGGGCCAACGGGGUGAAUGGCCAUUACUAG